CCCCGCACGCCCUCUGCUCCACGCGCGCGCGCGCGGGUACACUCGCCUUCAGUGUGGUUCCCUCAGUGGCCCCCGCCUCCUUCCUUCCUCCCUCCAGCUCCUCCUCCUCCUCCUCCUCUUCCUCCUCCCUCCUCUUCUCUCCUACAUUGUCUCUGCCUCAUUUUCCCUCCUGGUCUAUCUAAGAAAGAAUAAGAAAGAAAAAGCCGGCCCCCCCUUCAAAAAUAAUCCUCCCCAUCACCCCCCCCCACACACUCUGCAUCCUCCUGGGGACCCCCCCCGUCUCCCCUCCCCCAGGAAACCAACCACAAGACAUGCUCCUGGAGCCUUGCCUCUGAAGCAUCCAUCCCUCUGGGCUGUCUGAGCUCCGAGAGAGGGGGGGCUUAGUGUAAAACCUCAUUAAAGAUCAAGGGAAAGGGGGCUGCACCCCGCCGCUCUCUUCCCUUCCCUCACUCCCGACAGACCCCUUCAUUCCCCUUUCCUAGCCUGCCAGCUCCGUCCCCACAAGCUGCCCUGAACGAGACAUUACUACCCCCGCAGUCCUAACCCCUCCCACCCCCCCCUUUCAACUUUCAGAGGCAGCUGGGCCACACCAAAAAUCCCUUUUGAAUGGUAUAGGACAUUAGGGAAAGCUUUUUUUGAAACGGUGGGGUUGUUGGAGUGGUUGGAUUUUUCCUGGAAUUGAGUGAGAAAUUCAGAAGACUGAAGCCCAGGCUCACUGUCUACCUUUCACGGAGGCCCAGCCGUGAGAGGACAGAAGAAGGCACGUGGCGAAUCAUGACAGCUGACAAAGAGAAGGACAAAGACAAAGAAAAGGACCGGGACCGUGAUAGGGACCGGGAAAGAGAAAAGAGGGACAAAACAAGAGAGAGUGAAAACUCCCGACCUCGUCGAAGCUGCACGUUGGAAGGUGGAGCCAAGAAUUACGCAGAAAGUGACCACAGUGAAGAUGAGGACAAUGACAAUAACAGUGCCACAACAGAGGAGUCUGCAAAGAAGAGCAAAAAGAAGCCUCCGAAAAAGAAAUCUCGUUAUGAGAGGACGGAUACUGGGGAGAUAACAUCGUUCAUUACUGAAGAUGAUGUUGUCUACAGACCAGGAGACUGUGUGUAUAUUGAGAGUCGACGGCCAAAUACUCCAUAUUUCAUCUGUAGCAUUCAAGACUUCAAACUGGUUCACAACUCGCAGGCCUGUUGCAGAUCUCCAACUACUGCUCUGUGUGACCCCCCAGCAUGCUCUCUACCGGUGGCAUCACAGCCACCACAUCACCUUACUGAAGCCGGGAGAGGGCCUGUAGGGAGCAAGAGGGACCAUCUUCUUAUGAAUGUCAAAUGGUACUAUCGUCAGUCUGAAGUUCCUGAUUCUGUCUAUCAGCAUUUGGUUCAAGACCGGCACAAUGAAAAUGAUUCUGGACGAGAACUUGUCAUUACAGACCCAGUUAUCAAGAAUCGAGAGCUCUUCAUUUCCGAUUAUGUUGACACUUACCAUGCUGCUGCCCUUCGAGGGAAAUGUAAUAUCUCCCAUUUUUCUGACAUAUUUGCUGCCAGAGAGUUCAAAGCUCGUGUGGAUUCAUUUUUCUAUAUAUUAGGCUACAAUCCAGAGACAAGGAGACUGAACAGCACCCAGGGGGAAAUCCGUGUUGGACCCAGCCAUCAGGCCAAACUUCCCGAACUGCAGCCGUUUCCUUCCCCAGACGGUGACGCUGUGACCCAACAUGAGGAGCUGGUUUGGAUGCCGGGAGUUAAUGACUGUGACUUACUGAUGUACUUGAGGGCAGCAAGGAGCAUGGCGGCUUUUGCGGGAAUGUGUGACGGAGGUUCCACUGAGGACGGCUGCGUCGCUGCCUCUCGGGAUGACACCACACUCAAUGCACUCAACACUCUACAUGAAAGCAACUAUGAUGCCGGAAAAGCCCUCCAGCGCCUGGUAAAGAAGCCUGUGCCCAAACUGAUUGAGAAGUGUUGGACUGAAGAUGAGGUGAAACGCUUCAUUAAGGGGCUCCGACAGUACGGCAAGAACUUCUUUAGGAUCCGAAAGGAGCUGCUUCCCAAUAAGGAAACGGGAGAGUUAAUCACCUUUUAUUACUAUUGGAAGAAAACCCCAGAAGCUGCUAGUUCCCGGGCCCACCGGAGGCACCGCAGGCAGGCUGUAUUUCGGAGGAUUAAAACUCGAACAGCUUCUACUCCAGUCAACACUCCUUCCAGACCUCCCUCCAGUGAAUUCUUGGACUUGAGCUCCGCCAGUGAGGAUGAUUUUGACAGUGAGGACAGCGAGCAGGAGCUGAAGGGUUACGCCUGUCGUCAUUGCUUCACCACCACUUCCAAAGACUGGCACCACGGCGGCCGAGAAAACAUCCUCUUGUGCACUGACUGUCGGAUCCACUUCAAGAAGUACGGCGAACUCCCCCCGAUUGAGAAGCCAGUGGACCCCCCGCCCUUCAUGUUCAAGCCUGUCAAAGAGGAAGAGGAUGGGCUUAGUGGAAAGCAUAGCAUGAGGACCCGGCGCAGUCGCGGCUCGAUGUCUACACUACGUAGUGGCCGUAAAAAGCAACCUGCUAGCCCUGAUGGUAGAGCCUCGCCCAUCAAUGAAGACAUCCGGUCUAGUGGCCGUAACUCUCCUAGUGCAGCCAGCACCUCGAGCAAUGACAGUAAAGCAGACUCUGUGAAGAAAUCCACAAAGAAGAUAAAGGAAGAAGCAUCUUCACCUCUCAAGAGCACCAAGCGUCAGCGAGAAAAGGCAACAUCAGAUACUGAGGAGCCCGAAAGGACCAGCGCAAAGAAGUCCAAAACCCACAGCCCCCAGGAGAUCAGCCGGCCCAACUCUCCAUCGGAGGGCGAGGGAGAAGGAGAAAGUUCGGACAGUCGCAGCGUUAAUGAUGAAGGGAGCAGUGACCCCAAGGACAUUGACCAAGACAAUCGCAGUACCUCCCCCAGCAUCCCCAGCCCUCAGGACAACGAGAGUGACUCAGACUCCUCUGCCCAGCAGCAAGUGGUGCAGGCUCCCGGCGGCCCUGCCCAGGCUGCCCCCUCCACUCCUCCGGGGGCAGCCCAGCUCCCGGCCCCAGCUCCCACACCGGCCGGUGCUCCAUCGGCCCCGCCUCAGGUUUCACCAUCCGUAGCUCAGCCACCCGGCCAGCCUCAGGCCCCUGGUCCAUCUGCAGCCCACUCCCACAUCCAGCAGGCGCCGGCUCUGCAUCCACACCAACUCCCUUCCCCACAGCCGCCUUUGCAGCCCUCGAGCGUGGCGCAGAACCAGCCACAGGCUCCUGCCUCCUCCCAGUCUCACGCACAGCCGCCGCUUCAUGGCCAGGUGCCCCCUGGACCUCACAGCCUACAGGCACAGCCUCUCUUGCCACAUCCGGGACCACCACAGCCUUUCCCCCUUGCCCCUCAGUCUUCUCAGGCUCAGGUCCCACUCCCCGCAACACCAGCUCCUGCCCAUCCUCAUGGCCCCUUACAGGUCCAGGCCUCCCAGCCAUCCCUGCAGCCUCCUCAGCCGCUUCCUCCUGCCCCUAUGGCAAUGCCUCAUAUAAAACCCCCUCCCACGACCCCUAUCCCACAGCUGCCCACCCCCCAGUCCCACAAGCACCCACCUCAUCUCUCAGGACCUUCUCCGUUCUCCAUGAACUCCAACCUGCCACCUCCUCCUGCUUUGAAGCCCCUGAGUUCACUGUCCACACAUCAUCCCCCCUCAGCUCACCCGCCUCCUUUACAGCUGAUGCCCCAGAGUCAGCCGCUACAGUCAUCUCCAGCCCAGCCCCCAGUUCUGACUCAGAGCCAGAGCCUCCCACCGGUAGCCAGCCAUCCCCCUUCAGGCCUUCACCAGGUUCCCCCCCAGCCUCCGUUUUCUCAGCACCCCUUUGUGCCCGGGGGGCCCCCUCCCAUCACUCCUCCAUCCUGCCCUUCCACCUCCACCCCCCCGUCUGGGCCAAGUGCUCCAUCCCAGCCAUCCUGUUCCACGCCCGGGACCUCUGGUGGAAGUGUCCCUGUUGUGACCUCCUGCGCCAUCCCGCCCAUCCAGAUCAAGGAGGAGGCACCCGACGAAACGGAGGAGCCUGAAAGUCCCCCUCCCCCACCCCGAAGCCCUUCCCCCGAGCCCACCGUAGUGGAUACACCAAGCCACGCCAGCCAGUCUGCGAGGUUCUACAAACACUUGGACAGGGGCUACAACUCGUGUGCACGAACUGACCUUUACUUCAUGCCCCUGUCGGGAUCCAAACUUGCCAAGAAGAGGGAGGAGGCGAUUGAAAAGGCCAAGCGAGAGGCAGAGCAGAAGGCGCGAGAAGAGCGGGAGCGCGAGAAGGAGAAGGAAAGAGAGCGCGAGCGGGAGCGCGAGCGGGAGCGAGAAGCAGAGCGGGCCGCGCAGAAGGCAUCCAGCUCCUCCCACGAAAGCCGACUCAGUGACUCUCAGCUUAGUGGACCUGCCCACAUGCGGCCAUCCUUCGAACCGCCGCCAACGACCAUCGCUGCCGUCCCUCCGUACAUCGGACCCGACACGCCUGCUCUUCGGACUCUUAGUGAAUAUGCGCGGCCCCAUGUGAUGUCACCUACCAACCGCAAUCAUCCUUUCUUUGUACCCCUCAACCCCACUGAUCCCCUCCUGGCCUAUCACAUGCCUGGCCUCUACAAUGUGGAUCCCACAAUCCGGGAACGGGAGCUCCGAGAACGAGAGAUCCGGGAGCGGGAGAUCCGGGAACGCGAGCUCCGGGAGAGGAUGAAGCCAGGGUUUGAGGUGAAGCCUCCGGAGUUGGAUGCCCUGCACCCGGCCACCAACCCCAUGGAGCAUUUUGCCCGGCAUGGUGCCCUCACAAUACCUCCUGCUGCAGGACCUCACCCUUUUGCUUCCUUCCACCCGGGGCUGAACCCCCUGGAGAGGGAGAGACUCGCCCUGGCUGGUCCCCAGCUGCGGCCUGAAAUGAGCUACCCUGAUAGACUGGCAGCUGAGAGAAUCCAUGCUGAGCGGAUGGCCUCACUGACUAACGACCCCCUUGCACGGCUCCAGAUGUUUAACGUGACCCCCCAUCACCAUCAACACUCACACAUACACUCGCAUCUUCAUCUCCAUCAGCAGGAUCCUUUACAUCAAGGUUCAGCAGGUCCUGUGCACCCACUGGUAGACCCCCUAGCAGCUGGCCCUCAUCUGGCUCGGUUCCCUUAUCCCCCUGGCACCCUCCCCAACCCUCUGCUCGGGCAGCCACCUCAUGAGCACGAGAUGCUUCGACAUCCAGUUUUCGGUACCCCGUAUCCACGUGACCUGCCUGGUGCCAUCCCACCUCCGAUGUCAGCCGCCCACCAGCUGCAGGCCAUGCACGCUCAGUCCGCCGAGCUGCAGAGACUGGCCAUGGAGCAGCAGUGGCUGCACGGCCACCCCCACAUGCACGGUGGGCACUUACCGAGUCAGGAAGAUUAUUACAGUCGACUGAAGAAAGAAGGUGACAAGCAGUUAUAAGAAGUUAUUUAUUUGUAACAGCAGAAACCCCAGGUUAUGGGGGAAGAGAUGGGAUUUUUUACAUACGACAGGAGCUGCAAAAGCAAAGAGAAUUUCUUCUGAAGAUUUCUUCAUCUAUUUAAAAAAAAACCACAACUGAAGACUUCCCAGCGUACUAGUGUUCAUUGGUAGAGAGGACGCCUCCGGGCUGAUUCAGGUCUCCCUGCAUGACAGCCUCCUCAGGAGCUGAGUGAGUCCUGGACUAGGCGGAACGUUCAGAAAUCUUGCCUGCAAUCUUGGCGUUUGGUUUCAUGUUUUCUUUUCCUUCCUCGAUUUCACAGUAGGUGCUAGAAUCCAGCUCACACCCAUCACUGUGUGUGCAGAGACCGUUAGACAUAUCUUUAAACAUAAGCAAAAAAAAGACGCCAGGAUCACAGAUAGGUGGUGGCAUAUGAGUUUGGAGCCCAAGAACUAUAAUAAAAAUCUGCUUUUAUUUUAAUACAUUGUAGGAAAUCUUCAUAAUUUGACAGAGAGCUCAGUUCUGCAGCAUGGCUUUUUAAGUCUGUAAAUAUAAUAAUUUUAAAACAGAAACAACCAUUUUUUUCUUCCACAAACUACUAUUCUGAUAUAUUUUUUUCCAGCCACGUCACUAAUCGUGAAUUCCUACCAGCUAUUGACAAGAGUUGAUUUUUUAAUAAAAUAUAUAUAUAUAUAUAAAAUUAUCCCUUUAAUUAAAGGGGAAAGAUGGGUGUUACUAAUUUAAAAUGGGCAAAAGCUUGGCAUUUGAUUUGCUGGCAGCAGUGAGCAUCACAGGGUUUGCAGGGAUUAACGUCACAAGCUGUUUCUCCAUGUUUUUCCUUGAUUGUCAUUUCAGUUUGGUUUGGUUUUGGGAGUAUGCUUGGCCAGUGGUGCAGACAUCCGCUGAAUGAACCUCUUCCCUUUGCAACAGGAAUUCAGGAAUUAAAUCCACUUUAAUUAACACCUUGGUGUUAAUGGUUGUUUAUACUCUUUCUCUGAGGGAUAAGGUAGGGAUGUGUGUGUGUGUGUGUGUGUGUGUGUGUGUGUGUGUGUGUGUACGCAUGUGUAGCUGCACGCGCUCAAGAACUUAGCACACACAUUUGACAUGUUAAAUGAACUAAUUUUCCAGGACUUCCCUUUGAAGUUUCAUAAACAGUGUGGGAUUUGCUACCAAAAACGUGUGUGUGUGUGUGUGUGUGUGUGUGUGUGUGUGUGUGUACACGUAUAUAUAUAUAAAACUCAAACAACUUAGGAUUUGAAAGAUAGGCUGUGUUUGAGUUCUUUUUUUAAGGUAGAUUAUACAAUUAAGAUGCCAACACAUUGGAAUUUUAAAAGGAUAGCCCUAAAUUGCCCCUCCCACAUUCCUUGGAAACAGCCUUAUUGCCAUAGGUGCAGACUGUAUCUGAGUGAGUCAGGACCGUGGGUUUAAUAAGAUGCACGAAGGUGGGCAGCGUUGCAUUCUUGACUCAGGAGCAGCUGACCCUUGUGGGAUAACCCAGGUCAGACUCGGAGAGCCUUUGCGGCUCAUCUUUUAUCUCUGGGCAAUAAAGAGGUCAGGUGGCACGGCUUUUUGAAGCAAAGCUCUAUAGGAUCACCUCCCUCCAUUUGCAUCGUCUUGCUCAUAUAAUGCACUUUCACUGAAGCCAAGGGUUGGGGAGGUCCAGGGGAUGUCUGCAUCUGCUGACCCUGUUUUCCACUGGUGCAAAACUUGUUCCGUUCUUUUUCUCUCAAACUCUUGAGGGCUAUAUCUCUGCCAUUUAAACUGUUCUGUGUGGUGGUCGUGUCAUAAGACUCUCUUGGACCAUGGUGGAUGAACUUGUAGCGAAUCGUUCAGGCUUUUAAGAAACAUACGGCAUGUCAGUGCUCAGGCCACUAUGACCGGCAGGAAGAAAAGCCAAUGUUCUGACGCAGAAACCAGCGACACUCUUGGGCAGAGUUACUCUGUCCAUUCAGUUCUGGAUUAAAACCUGCAUCAGGGGCGAUUCCACCUUCUUUAUACCCAUGGGUUUAUAGCCUGGAUUUCAGUUGGGCUUCGUGGGUUGUUUCUGUUGAAAGAGUUUUCUGCUUUUCUUUUCUCUCAUUCCAUGCCUGCCUUAACCCUCAGCUGCUUAGUGGUAGAUGUUCCUUGGCUAACUCAUUCACAUUCAAAAGUGACCAGUCAGGGACAGGGCCUUCGGGGGCUAAUCUGAUGAUGCCAUCAGAAUAUCUUGACCUUCUGCGCACGCAUUUUCUCCUAAAUUUUUAAUGGAGCAAGUCCACCUCAAAAUGAAGGGAGAAUUAAGAACACUGGACUGCCACCUCUUCCAUCCCUCACUUCUUGUGUCUUUUUUUCCUUUGGGAUGGAUGUAAGAUGGUGACUGUUAAACUAAUUCUGCUUUCUCCCCCUCCCCCCCCAUCCUGUUAUUUCCCAUUCUCCCAAAGAAAAGAGAGUUCAGUGAUUUUUAAUUUUUUUUUAAGAUGUCAUGAGUUUCCUUUAUCAGUUCAGCAUUUUAUUAAUUGUGUGUUAGUCUCCGUGCCACCAGCAUCCCAAGGUGAAACACUGAGAUUUAUUCGAAUAAAUUAGCUGAUUAACUACAGUUUCUUGACUGUAGUUGGUGUGUUGGAUGCCCUUUUCCAGUGACCCAGACACAUGGUUUCCUUUGGGAUUCAUUCACCCUCUUUUCAGUUGAAGUUUCAGGUUUGUUUUUUUGUUUUGUGUUUCAAACGUAUCUUGUUCAAUGUUGUCAAGGUCGAGCUUCUUGUUUUGCGGCCUCACAUGCAGUGUCCACUCUGAUUUGCUACAUUUAUAUAUAUCUGGAAGCUUAAUGUACAUAUGAGUAGUUUGCCAUGAGAUAACACAGUGUAAACAGAGUAGAAACCCAGAAAUCGUGACUUCUGUGUUCUCUCCAUUUGAGUAUUUUGUAAUUUUUUUGAAAUAUUUGUGGACAAAUAAAACCAAGCUACACUACAGAA